UAUGAAGAACAUACUUCCGAAAUUCUUGAGGGUUUGGAUCAUCUCGUCCCUGCAAUAAAUGAAUAUUUCGAUCUUAUAUCCGUAUUUGUAGAUGAAUCAGAAAUAGUCUUUAUUUUAUAUGAAUCUUUUACAUUGCCCAACAAAGAACAAGUAAGGGCUACAGGACAUUAUCACAAUAUGCCAGUGUUUAGUAACAUUGCCAUUUAUAUGGAUUCGGAACAAAAAGAUUUUGAAACAUUUAAUGGUUAUUGCUUUGCGAAG